CAUUCGCGCGAAAACAGCUGACCAUUAAAAGAGCAAUUCUCAAUCUUCAGCCUUGUACGAUAUCAUACGAUUUACAAUUUCACGAUUAACACAGCAUAUCACUUCAAUCGACUCUUCAAAUCAUUCAAUUAAUCAAUAAUCAAUCCAUAAAUCAUGGAUCCCUCUAUAAACCCCCCUCCAACCGACGAAGAACUUCUCCUCAAAGUCCAAAUGAAAGCCUGGCGCAAACAACAGCACGAAGCCCUCAAACUCGAAUCCCGCAUGUCUAUUCCCUACGGCGCGCGUCUUCCCCUCUGCACAUCGAUUUCUUUCGUCUGCGGCAUGGCACUUGGCAUAUCCCACGGGUCAAAAACGGCCGCUUUACGAUUUCGAGCCGAAAAUGCUCAUCGAUUACCUACUUCUCCUACGGGUUGGUAUUUAUACCAUAAGAGCAAGAAUUAUCAUACUGGGCUUGGGGGAGUGAAGGAGGGGUUGAAGAUGGGGACCAGGAUUGCUUUUUGGACGGCGGGUUUGUUGGCUAUUGAAGAUAUGUGUGAUAGGUGGAGAGGGAGGAAGGAUGUGCUUAAUACUGUGGUUGCGAGUUUAAGUGUUGCGGGGGGAUUUAGUUUAUGGAGUGAGUUUCUUUUUAUUUGUACAUUCUUUCGGGGUUUGUGCUGUGGUUGUGUGUGGAGAUGUGAUGGUGGUGAAUGUAGACAAAUGCUUCUUCUGUUGCGUUGCUCAUUCCCCGCGCAUGAGAUGAGGAUUGGUAGAUAUGCGCGCAGAUGGCAGAUCAAUACGACAAGAUGAAGUAUCGAAUGAAUAUCAAUACUAAUUCGACUCUUUUUUCUAGAUCGUUUCCCUAUAACCACGGCAGCCAGAACAGCGAAAACAGGAUUAGUAUUCGGUAUAGGAUAUGGAUUGGUACAAGAUGCGGUUGGUUAUGCAAGAGGAAGAAGAUUAGGAUAUGUGGAUUUCUUAAUGGGAGCUGGACGAAGAGGGGAAGAAGAAUCGAGGCAUGAAAGGACGACAAUAUGAAGAAUAAUAAGAAGAAAUCAAUUAAAUGAAAAAUCAUAUGGUAAUUAUAUCCAUUUAAUCAUUCAGAUGACAAGACUGACUCAUUCUUCUCUCCAUUUUGCUAUCCCUUCAUUCAUCAUCUCAUCAUUUGAUUUUGAUCUCUAAUAUAUAUAUCUAACAGCAAACAGCUUCCGGACUUUAUUGAUAGCUUUCCAACAUCGGCAUUGAUAAGUUUUUCUUGUGUGCACUGUGCAUCCAAAGUACCGGCACCAUCAUCGCUUUUCUUCGGUUCAAGAAUUCCAUAAAACAUAACAAGCAUUUAUGGAUUGUUAAAAG